AUGGGUGGAAGAGUGGAACAAGUGGACAUAUCGUACAAUAAAACAAUGGACAUACAUACAGCACAGAAGGAAUUUUUUAAAGCAAUGAAAAAUAUCUCCGUUGACUAUGAACUGCGAAAAUACGACAUUAAAGAGUGGAAUGGUAAGCUAAUUAAUACAUUACGUUCAUACCAACCGGCAGUUGAGUCACUGCUGAAUAAUAACAAAUCGCUUGAAGAACUACUAAAUCCAGAGGAGCCUUGGAACUUUUGGAAUGCCAUGUUUUAUUGUGGCACGAUUUAUACAACUAUAGGUGAGCUAAAAAUUUAUUUAAUAUAA